GGUUGGAAUUUCUUAUUUUUUUCACAAUACACUACUUGUUUAUUUUCUGCAUGACAUAGUUUGGCUACUUUACAUAGCACUUUUUCUUGAGAAAUCAAAGUAAACACAGAAAAGCCUACCAAAAGCAUUAUCUUCUUGCAUUGUAUACUCAGCACAAAACCCUAAACCCCAAUUCUCUGUUUCUCAAUCAAAAAAUGUCUCAAUCUCAAACAUUACCACUCAAGAGACAACAAAGUGAAAACCCCUCAGAUGAUGGUUCCACUGCUAUCAAACCUUCUCGCCUCAAAAUUUCAUUACCCUCUGAAGAUAGCGACAAAAAGAAUCUCAACAAGAGAGUUAAAGAUGUUGAAAUUUGUGUCCCUAUAGUUUAUGGGACUGUUGCAUUUUAUUUGGGUAGGAAGGCUAGUGAGGCUCAAUCUCAUAGAUGGACUGUUUAUGUACGUGGAGCUUCUAAUGAAGAUCUUAGUGCAGUGGUUAAGAGGGUUGUGUUUCAGUUGCAUCCUAGUUUCAAUAAUCCUACAAGAGUUGUUGAAUCACCCCCUUUUGAAGUAACAGAAUGUGGUUGGGGUGAAUUUGAAAUAGCUAUCACCCUCUUUUUCCACAGUGAUGCUUGUGAAAAACAGUUGGAUUUGUAUCAUCAUUUGAAAUUAUAUCCUGAAGAUGAGUCUGGUCCGCAGACUACGAAGAAACCCGUUGUCAUUGAAUCUUAUAACGAGGUUGUUUUUCCUGAACCUUUGGAGGGUUUUCUUGCACGCAUUCAGAAUCAUCCUGCCGCUGUUGUUCCUAGGCUACCGCCUGGUUUGAAUUUACCAAACCCGGUGCUGGUUUCUGCAGUACCAAAUGAUCAUAUGAAUGACAAGCAAAGAGGUGACACCAAAGAUCAUCCACUGGGCCAGUGGUUUUUGAACUUCUCGGAGGCUGAUGAGCUCUUAAAACUAGCUGCAGCCCGCCAACAGGUCCAAGCUCACAUUGUUAAGCUACGAAGGCAACUGAAUUUGUUGGAAGGACAGUCGAAACAGCCUUCUGGUUACAAAUGUACAUGAUCUGUUUAUCUUAAAAAUAUUCUUUUGGGAGGAUUUCCCUGUAGGGUUACACUUGGAAGAUUAGUCACGAAUAGUCACGUAUAUUAUAUACAUGUGUAUCAUCGUCGUAGAUUGUUUUGAAUAUAUUUCUAUCUGUAGAACAAACCAACAGUUUGGAAUUUUAGAAGAAGAAAACACGCGGUACUUGCCAUUUAUGCUCAAACUUUUAUAUCAUCAAUGAAUGAUAGAUAUUUGUAUUAA